UCGCGCUCAUGACGCGGAGGGUCAGUUCUCACCUCAGCUUUUUCACAUUUUCACACACACACACGCCGGCCGCCCAGUAGCGCAGCAGGAUAAACUGGAGGCUGGAGAUGGAGGCCUUAAAUCUCAGACUGAACACAUAUAUUGACUCAUGGAUGGGUCCCAGGGAUCCUCGUGUGAGAGGAUGGCUUUUACUGGACAACUAUCCACCCACAUUUGCGUUCACCAUCAUGUACCUUCUCAUUGUAUGGAUGGGUCCAAAGUACAUGAACAACAGGCAGCCGUUCUCCUGCAGGAGGAUCCUAGUCGUGUAUAACCUUGCUCUCACUCUGUUGUCCCUCUACAUGUUUUACGAGCUUGUGACUGCUGUGUGGCAAGGUGGUUAUAAUUUCUUCUGCCAAGACACCCACAGCGCUGGAGCGGCUGAUGAUAAGAUGAUCCACGUGUUGUGGUGGUAUUACUUCUCCAAGCUCAUCGAGUUCAUGGACACAUUCUUCUUCAUCCUGCGGAAGAACAACCACCAGAUCACUUUCCUGCACGUCUACCAUCAUGCCACCAUGCUUAACAUCUGGUGGUUCGUCAUGAACUGGGUGCCAUGUGGCCACUCAUACUUCGGAGCUACUUUCAACAGCUUCAUACACGUGCUGAUGUAUUCCUAUUAUGGGCUUUCAGCCAUUCCUGCCAUGCGACCAUACCUCUGGUGGAAGAAGUAUAUUACUCAAGGACAGCUGGUCCAAUUUGUGAUGACCAUGAUCCAGACGUCCUGUGCUGUAGUCUGGCCAUGCGGUUUUCCAAUGGGUUGGCUAUAUUUCCAGAUCAGUUAUAUGAUCACUCUCAUAAUUUUCUUCGUAAACUUCUACAUAAAGACGUACAGGAGUCACAGAGGUUUGCGUAAAAAGGAUUAUCGGAAUGGUAAUAACAUGUCUGUGAAUGGCCACAUGAAUGGGACGGCACCAGCAGAGACGAUAAAACACAGGAAGACCCGAGCGGAUUGACAUCUCCAAUAGCCAACACCAUCCCCACCCCCUCAAUCUUCUCACUUUAUUCAUGAAACAUUGCUAUUAAAGUGAUGUAUGACUACACCUAGAAAAUAGUAGUGUGUUAAUUCAGAUGUGUAAGCAGGGCAAACAAAAGAAUAUGGAGAGCAGGGCUUUGCUAUUGGACUGGGGUUGGGAGACUUGCAUUUCAUAAACAUUGAAUAACGUUCACUUUGGCACUACGUGAGAAUCUGUUAUGGCCUGCAUAUUGAUUACAUUCUUAGGGAGAAGCUUUUAGACAUGCUGCAGCAGGAGUUUGUGUAGGCUGAAUAUCUACUAAUCUAAUCUAAGCAGCAGUAUUUAUUGUCAGCCUGGUGUCUGAUAAAAAAUGCUAACAAACACAGGGAUAGGAUUGUUUCAGUUUUAUCUAGCAUUUAGAGGCCUUUAUUAAAACAUUUAAACUUUAAUGAAAACGACAUUAUUAUGGUCAUUAUGUGCCUCUGAACCUGUCCUUCUGUGCACUUAUAUGUUGCUUUGUACUGCAUAGUGACAAAACACUGUCCUGAGUUAAAAAAUAAAUAAAUAAAUAAGAGGUUCUGUUUACUCAAAA